CAGCCUCCAGGCCGGGUCUCAAACGGUCGGCACAGCUGAGCCGUCUUCAUCGACUAGAAAAGAGGAAACACCGCAAGGCGCAUACUUGUCGCCGCGGAUAUACUUAAUCUGUUCCCCCCAAUAUUCAGUCGCGCGACAGGCAACACGACCCCAUUGGGUCGCAUCUUUCUUACCUUCUACUCUACCCUAAAUGUCGGCCAACACUACCUUCUCCUUCGGGGGAUACAACAUCUUCCGGCAAGAGGCUGUCAACCCGCAUCCUGAAUCUCAUGUUCUUGUCAGGAGCAGUCAUGCCAGUUACUAUGUUGCGAUCCUAUGCAUACUAUCACUGGUUUACUUGUUCCACCCGUUCGGCAGGGCCAGUGGCGUCGAUGUUCCAUUCUACAAGGCUGGAAAGUCGAAAUGGAUAUUUGAUGCCGAGAACUUGGUUCGGGAUAGUUACAACAAGUUUUACGACAGAGUAUACAAGAUCAAGGCAACAGAAGGCGUCCAGGUUUUGAUUCCCCCAAAGUUCCUCGGCGAGCUGAAAAGUUUGCCCGAGGAUGUCCUCAGUGCCACCGAGGCAGUGCGCGAGGCCAUGUUGAGCAAGUACACUGGAUUCUGUCCCGGCCAUAACGGCCCACUACUUUCCACUCUCAUCCGCACGAAGCUCUCUGCAAACCUUGCACGGCUCGCCCCCAGGUUGAGAGGCGAACUCGAAUACAUCAUGACGACUGAGAUAUCCGACUGUGAAGACUGGACCCCUGUUAAACUCCAACCCUUCACGCUGCGCGCCGUCGCGCGGAUGACCGGCUAUGUCUUUGUCGGACCGGCUGUCAACCGCAACGAAAAGUGGAUGGACACGUCGGUCAACUACGCCAUCCACGUGUUCAUUGCCGCCGUCAAGCUGCAGUUCUUCCCCGAAUGGAUGCGCCCAAUCGUGCAGUAUCUGGUGUCGGACUUGAGGAGUAUCGACAGAGAUAUUACCCAGGCGAAGAGCAUACUGCGACCGAUUAUCGAACAGCGACUCCGAGAUAUGGAGUCCCCCGGCUUCGAGGAGAACAAGCCGGAUGACUUCAUUCAGUGGUUACUCGAUACCUUGCCCGAGGAGGAUAAGGUGGACAUUCAGACUCAGACGGAGUUGCAGUUGAUCCUGAGUGCGGCCGCGAUUCACACGACAACCAACCUGGCAGCAGAAUGUUUAUUCGACUUAGCAGCACACACAGAGUGGCAGGAAGAGCUUAGAGAAGAGGCGUUCGAGGUGCUUGAGAAUAACGAUGGCUGGGCGAAGAGGGAAAGCAUGGGCCAGCUGAAGAAGAUGGACAGCUUUAUUAAGGAGGCCCAGCGGUUAGGGGGCAACGUCACUGCCUUCAUCCGCAAAGUCAUCAAGCCCAUCGACCUCUCAGACGGCACCCACCUCCCGCCGGGGACCAAGCUCCUCACGCCGUUGGCGGGCAUCUCGCGCGAUGAGCGGCUGUACCGGGACGCGGACCGGUUCGACGCUCUCCGGUUCUACCGGAUGCGGCAGCGGUCGCCCGAGGACGCGAACCGGCACCAGUUCACGAGCAUCGGCGACACCAACAUGCACUUUGGCGCGGGCAAGCACGCUUGCCCGGGCCGCUUCUUCGCCGGGAACUCGAUCAAGAUGAUUCUGGCGCACGUGCUGCUCAACUACGACCUGCGGCUCAAGGAUGGCGAGGAGAGGCCCAGGCCCGUCAUCAUGAUGAUGUCCAAGACGCCGAACCCCGAAGGGCAGGUCCUGUUCAGGAGGAGGAGGCCGGCGGGGUCGGCGGCGUGAGGUUUUUGGCGCGGGGCGUUCGAAUGUCUUGAGCUUUUUGUAUUAGGACCUUUUGGCGAGACUGCAUAGACUGUGGCGUACGGCCAUUAGAAGGCUGGUGAUAACAAGAGCCUUGCGUAAAGGC